CUUGGACUCCGACAUACGCGGCUCUCCAAGGCUACACUUAAAUAUUUCUUAUCACUUUUUGCUAUUGUCAGCCAUCUAUUCCCUCACAUCGCAGCCUUCGCCAGGUCUAUUCCUUUUCCCUCGUCCCUUCGUCGUCUCCGUCUCUUCCGUCCACAGACAAUUUUCUCAGCAUAGACCAAGUGCGCAAACACUACACGUUACCCUCUACCGUUAGUAUUUCUAGGACUGGGUGUGAGGCACCGGUUUUCCAGCUGAAGGAAGAAGACAUCUCUACCGUCCACAGAGUCGCAACUCUAGAAGUCAAGGGAAAUAUCAAAUCCCGUUAGCGCAUCCCCGGUCGCAGCUAUGGUUGUCGACACGACUUAUUACGACGCCUUAGGCGUCAAACCCGAUGCCACCGAACUAGAAAUUAAAAAGGCAUACAGAAAACUCGCCAUUACAACUCACCCCGACAAGAACCCCGGAGACGAGACCGCUCACGCCCGUUUCCAAGCUGUCGGCGAAGCCUAUCAAGUCCUGUCUAACAAGGACACCCGUGCCGCAUACGAUAAAUUUGGAAAAGAACAAGCCAUGCCCCGAGAGGGCUUCGAAGAUCCCGCCGAAUUCUUCUCCAUGAUAUUCGGCGGCGAUGCCUUUGUCGAUCUGAUCGGCGAGCUGACGCUGCUCAAAGACCUCACCCACACGAUGGAUAUCACCAUGGAGCAGAUGGAGGAAGAAGAGCUCGCAAAGACGGCCGAGGAAAAGUUGAAUGUCCAUGACGCAAAGGAGCAAGAGGCAACGGCCGCGACAGCAGCGGGCAUGAGCGCGAAAGAGGCCGAAGCCACAGCACAUUCUACGAGCGAUACCACAUCACCUCCCCCUCCCCCUCCCUACGUCGGCGAGGAGCCAUCAACGUCCUCCGCAGCCUCCGCAGCCCAUGACUCCGGCACAUCCACACCCCGACGAUACCUCGGCCAGCAAGCCAUCAUGGACAAAUCUGAAGAGGACGCACGAAUGGAUGCGGCCGGUCUGUCACAAGAAGAAAAGGACCUCCAGAAAAAGAAAAAGAAGGGUGGUCUGACGAAAGAACAGCGCGAGAAGCUCGAAGCCUACGAGCGUGAACGGCGCAAGGCUCGUGAGGAACGUGUCGACACCCUGGCCAAGAAACUCAUCGACCGCAUCUCGGUGUGGACGGAGACCGACAAGGGACCCGAUGUCACCAAGGCCUUUCAAGAAAAGACGCGACUCGAGGUGGAAAACCUUAAGAUGGAAUCCUUUGGCAUCGAAAUCCUCCACGCGGUCGGCCAGACAUACCUCCAAAAGGCCACGAGUUUUCUCAAGUCACAGAAAUUCCUCGGCAUAUCGGGCUUCUUCAGCCGCUUAAAAGACAAGGGCACGCUGGCCAAGGAGACAUGGAACACGAUUUCCACGGCCAUCGAUGCACAAUUGACAAUGGAGGAAAUGGCCAAACUCGAGGAGAAGGGUGGUGCAGACUGGACCGACGAGAAAAAGGCCGAGUACGAACGUAAAGUCACAGGGAAAAUUCUCGCCGCGGCCUGGAGGGGGAGCAAGUUUGAGAUUCAGGGAGUCUUACGCGACGUUUGUGACAAGAUUCUGAACGAUAAGACCGUCAGGCUGGAGAAACGAGUCGAGCGAGCCCACGCUUUGGUGUUGUGUGGUACGAUUUAUCAAAAGGCUGAACGUGAUCCCGACGAAGAAGGUGACUUUAUGGCCUUUGAACAACUCAUGGCCGAGAGUAUGAAGAAGCAAGAAAAGAAAAAGGAGAAGGAGAAGGAAAAGGAGGGCAAGGAUAAGGACAAGGAGUCUUCAUCGAAACGACAUUUUGGACAUAACCACCACUCGAGUACACCACCAGGUACGAGUACGCCGUCGUAAACAAGGACGAAAGUCGUCCCGUCCUUGUUGUUGUCUUUUCUCCUCUCACCUCACACCGACACACACACGCGCGCCCGAAUUCUCUUGAGCGGCAUUCGACAACCCCGUACCAUGGAAGAAAGCAGGAUAGAAUAGUUCUCCAUCUCGGGUUCCCUUGAAGGAUUUUGUUUAAAUGCUGUUCGAACGUCAAUUUUUUUUAAUGUUUUUUUGGAGAGAUCAUGACAGUCGACCCGAGUCAAGAACUCCUCGCAUGAGCUGAGGAUGAGUAUCAAAGACGGAAGUACUACUAUAUAAUCCAUACGCACCUGAUCAUUCAUUCCCCGCCCUUUUCGACACAACAACUCACGUGUGUCCAAAAAUAGUAACAACUUCCUCGAUGGCAAGGUUCUCUACUUUUUCCCAGGCGGGAACAAAUAUAGAUUCCCUGUGCAUGCGUACGAGUACUUGUAUACGUGAUUGUAUUUAAAACAGUCUGGAUACUUCCGAGGGUGUUGGCGUUGAUGAUCAUUGUGUCUUGUUUUGUUCAUAAAAGUGGCGAUGAGUGGAAUUUGUAUUCCGUAUAUGUACCUAAAGUACUCUCCAAUCCUUCUUGUGACUCUUGCGUCUCUCUUUACUCUUUUG